AUGCAAUUUUAUGAAUCCACACCAGCCACAGGCCAUCCUCAAUUAUCUCCUACAGCCUCAAACAACUCAAACAACUCCCCAAAGAACCACGUUAUCCGUCAUAAUCUUCCUACUCCCCCACCAUCACACUCCGCCAGUCCUGCCCCAUUAGAUAGGCAGAAAUGCGUCUAUGAAUCCCUCCCAAAUCUCUAUCACGGCUCAACUGAAUCUCAACUCGCUAAGCAAAUCAAAUUACUUGAAAGCCACAAAGAUUUCGCUGAAGAAAAUCCUUUCUUCGUUGCAGAUAUUUCUUCCGUCUACAAGCAGCACAUUAGGUGGAAGAAUGAACUACCUCGAAUCGAGCCUUUCUUUGCCGUAAAGUGCAAUCCUGAUCCUUAUGUCAUUAGACUGUUAGCCGCUUUGGGCUUAGGUUUCGAUUGCGCUUCUCAAGCUGAAAUUAACACCAUCCUAAGCUUACCCACCAGUUGCCCUGCAACUGAAGAUCCUUCCAAUAACAUUAUAUUCGCAAACCCAUGCAAAGCUGCUUCAAUGGUCAAGUUCGCACGUCGAAACCAAGUCAAAAUGAUGACAUUCGAUAAUACCGAUGAACUCCACAAGAUAGCCAAAUUAUAUCCCAGUGCUCAACUAGUCAUCAGAAUUCUUACAGAUGACUCAAAGAGUGUUUGUAGAUUCGGUAUCAAGUUCGGCGCUCCACUCGAUGCAGUCCCACACUUGUUGAAGACAGCGAAGGAUUUGAGUUUGAAUGUCAUCGGUGUCAGCUUCCACGUUGGAUCGGGUUGUUAUGAUCCUCAAUCAUAUGUAGAUGCUAUUCAACGCUCAAAGAAGACAUUUGAAGUUGGUGAAUCUCUUGGUUACAAGUUCAACCUUCUUGACGUAGGUGGGGGAUUUGGUCAUGACAACUUUGAAUUACUCGCAAGAUCAUUGGGUCCAGCUGUGGACGAAUAUUUUCCAGCAGAAACUGGAGUUCGUGUGAUCGCUGAACCCGGUAGAUUCUACGUCCAUGAUGCCUUCUCAUUGGCUACGAACAUAAUUGCAAAGAGAGGAUCGGCUGAUGAUAUUGAUGAAGAUAUGGAUGAUCAGUCACCUAAAGUCAUGUACUACCAGAACGACGGUGUCUAUGGAGCCUUUAAUUGCGUCAUGUUCGAUCACGCUGAGCCUAAAGCAAGACCAUUGACAGUACAAUCACAGUUAGUGCUUGAAGAUGUUCAGCUCAACGAAAGAAAGGUUGACAGUGAGGAAAUAUCUUGCUCAAUCUGGGGACCAACGUGUGAUAGCUUAGACUGCGUAAUGAAGUCUCACAAGCUGGCGAAAGGGUUACAAGUUGGUGAUUGGUUGAGGUGGGAUGAGAUGGGAGCAUACACGAUCUGCGCUGCAUCAACAUUUAAUGGCUUUAGCAGAGCUGACGUUCACUACACGUCUGGUGCAGAUUCGAUGGAGGCUCAAGAAGUUCGGAGGAUUUUACAGCAAACAGCGCCUGAUUUACAAGGCUUAAUAAUGUAUCCAUAA